GUAAAUACUUAUUUUUUCAAUUAAACGAGAAAUAGGUGAUCACUGUUUAACAAAUCACAUGAGAGGUGACAAAUCCCGGAGAUAAAGACCGUACUUUAAGAUAGUUGACGCGUGAAACACACCCUGCUUUAUGUUAUGGGCUGGUUACUUAAAAUCCACGUAAGCACAUACGUGAACCAGAACAACACUUAAACUCCGUCACAAGAAUUUCAGUAGCCAUCUUUCAUUUCAUCUAAUAGCCUCGCAUGCCCCAUGCAUCGUAGUUAACAUCCUUACUCAACUCCUUCCUCAUAAGGUUCGGCAAACAAAAUCCUUCGACCAAAACCAAACCGACACUGAAUUUGAGUUUUUAUAUUAAACCGAACGCUACGCCGGACUAAGCAAACCAAAUCUAAACCGUAAAAUGCAAGUAGAAUAAUGAACCCAAGUAAUUUUUUAUUUUUUUUACAACAAAAAGAUUACAUACGCAUAUAGACCCUGUAAACCAAUGUGGUAAUUCUGAAUCCAUGCGUACGUGAAACCCAAGUAAUUUAUAUUAUUAAUCAAAUAUAUACUGGAAAUAUAUAUAUUAUAUUGUCUGAUAACAAAUUUGUUUAGUAUUUUUUUAUCCACUUUUUUUCUAGAAGCAAACACGUUUAAAUAUAUACUGAAAGUGUAUUAAAUUGUCUGACAACAAAAUUAUUAAGUUUAUAUAUCUGUAUUUUUCUGUAUCCACAUUUAAACACGUUUAGAUCCAACUAAGCCAAACCGAGUAUUCUUCUUGUUCAGGUACAGUUUGGGUCCUAUUUUAACAAAACCGAAAAAUAUGAAAUAGGAUGUGAACCGAUUUUUUUUUUUUGCCAACUAUGUGAACCGAUCUUAGCAAACAAAAAACAAUUGUCCACACCUAUAUUAAAUAUAAUGUGUUAAAUUAUAACCAUCUCCGACUAUACUACACAUAUAUAAACAAGCCAUACACGUAUCAAAUUAAUAACAAGCAUUUGAAAAGAAAAGGAAGAUUAAAAAGAUGGGCAACUUUCUCUGGAAAAGCAGCGACGUGCACCCGGUGUUCGGCGACGGAGGACGGAGAGAGAACCUGGAGGCCGGAGAAAAGAAGGGUCCCUUAAGGAUAAAAGUGAGGAUGAGAAGGGAUAAACUAGAAGAGCUUUUAUAUGUGGCUCGUCGUGGCGACCAAUCUGAGGGUGACGGCGAAGGUGGUGAGAUUGGUUUCUUGAUUCUUAAAGAAUGUAUGGAAGGUCACUUGCCGGCGACGGUUCUUGGCUCGGGUGAUGAUGUUCCACCUCAACGGUGUGAAAAUCACUUGGUGUCUGGAAGAUUGAGUUCCAUCAAAGAGGAAUAACUGAAUGAAUAUGUGUCUUGAUUCAUGGAUACCAAAUAUACUUUAGAUAACCGCACUUUAGUAACGUUUUUUUUUCUUCAGAUCCUUCUAAUAUAUAGUAUUAUAUUAGGCUAAGAAGAAUAAGAGAGUAUGUUGGCUCAUGCAUUUUAAAGAUAUAGGUGUAAAUUUCUACAUUUUCUUUUCGUCUAAAGAAUGUAAAUUCACAUUUACACAAAA